AUGGCGACGUCAGGAACAUACGUGGCGGAGGUACCACUGAAAGGUUCAGCGGAGAACCAUUACAAGAGGUGGAAAAGCGAAAACCAACUAUUCCCCGACGCCAUCGGCCACCACAUCCAAGAUGGGAAGCAGGAGGUGUUUAAGGAGAAGAGAGAGCUUGACGACAAGAACAUGGCGGUGAUCCUGAGAGGAAUGGGUGGUCGCGUGAUGGAGCUAUACAAGGUGUAUGACGUCAUCUUCCAGUUUAUCCCCACGUCGGAACAAGGAUGCGUCUGCAAAGUCACUAUGUUAUGGGAGAAGAUCAACGAAGACUCUCCUGAACCCAUCAAUUACAUGAAAUUUGUCAAGAGCUUAGCUGCUGACAUGGACGACCACAUCCUCAAGGGCCAGAACAAGGCUUAA